UGUGAACCAGUCAAGACUUAGAACAGCGCGUGGUGAGAAGCGUCACUUUGCUCUACUUACUACACACGGAGCGUAAAAUCCUCGGUUGGUUUCCGUGCGCGUAUUUACGCGUUUUAACAUCUUUGAUAAGUGAAGUCAUUUAAACGCCAGUUACCACCUUAACUUGCUCCUUGUUCCUUUGGAGAAGAGAAGCUAUGGAUGUGGCGUGUCUGCUGUGUUUGGUGCUGACCAUCAGUUCUUGGUUUGCCUCCGCGGAGAGACACAGCGUCUACUGGAACAGCUCGAACCCGAACUUCCAGUGGGAUGAGUAUACAGUGGAAGUGCGCAUCAAUGACUAUCUGGACAUCAUCUGCCCUCACUACACCCACGGCGAGGUGUCAUCGCAUGCAGCUGAGCGCUAUGUGCUGUACAUGGUGGAGAGAGAGGACUACGAGGUGUGCAAGCCUCACUCCUUCGAUCAGCUCCGCUGGGAGUGCUCACGGCCCUUUGCUCCCCAUGCUCCAGAAAAAUUCUCCGAGAAGUUUCAGCGCUUCACGCCUUUCACUCUGGGCAAGGAGUUCAGGCAGGGAGAGAGCUAUUAUUAUAUCUCCAAGCCGAUGCAUCACCAUGGGAAAGACUGUCUGCGGCUGAGAGUGGAUGUAGUUGGCCAUAAAGGCUCUGGAAAGAAUCACUAUGACAAAUCCAAAGUGCAUGAAACAGAAAAAAACUUAGAUGGAGAAAAAGUGAAGUUCCUUGCUACAGGAGGAGUUCACAACCCCUCUAACCGUCUCCCAGCAGAUGACCCUGCUGUGAUGGAGCCAAAUGUCCAGAGGAGUAUCGGCAGCUCUGCAGCGCAGCUGGUCUCUCUGUCACUCCUUUUUACCCUGAUCCCGGUCUUAUUAGCCCUGAUGCUGCAGUAAGGCUGGUCAGGAUGCCAUAACAGAGACAAUACUAACCUGAUGCCGGUCAUCAGGACAUGAACGAUCAGAGAUUCUUUUUAUACAGAUUUUUUUUUAUACAAGCAUGGACAGUGUGUGUUGUUCAGUGUGUGCUUGAUGUGUUUCUUUGUGUGAAUGUGGAACGUGGAUCGCUCCAAAAGAAGAGGACCUCAGAGACUUUUUUUUUUUUUUUUUUUUACUUUAUUUUGAGGAUGGAAAUUCUCAUUUAUGAUCAUUUAAGAUGCACAUUUUUUUUUUCAGUCAUUAUGAACAAAACCGCAAACAGAACGAACCAAACGCUUUGUUAAAUUGACGGCAGCAAGAUCGCAUUAUCCUCACUGUCAUGUGUCAUCAGAUUUUCAGAACAUUGGUACAACUGUGCAUUGCAUUACAGAGCUCUCUUUUUCUUCCUCUACAUGUAGAGAAAUUAUUGAUAUUGUGUAUUGUUGUAGGCAACUGCCACAGUAUGUAGGAUAAUGUAGGAUAUUUGUCAUGUUGUGUUGCACUCAACUCCUUGUUAUAUUGCUCCACAUUUCUAAAGGUAUCCGACAUGUUUUCAAUUGUAGCGCAACCUGAGAAAACAAAUUCUCUAACAGUGGUUCUCACCCCAAUUUCUGGCUUUUAGUGAUGCCUAUUGGUGCUCAUGCUUAUAAAAGUUUUCAUGUGAUUAUGAUUUAAAAUAUAUUCCAAGAACUAACAACAUGCAGAUAUUAAAAAUAAGAUGCAGUGAUAUUUAUUUUUUCUUAAGUCCUCAUUAAUGGAGGUGUCGUGACCCAGUGUUGAGAGCCACUGAACAAAACAAAGAUUGCAACCUCAGCAUUUUCAGUACGUAUUCACUCGUUUCUACUGUCUCGACUGUAUCGCGGUACACUGGCUGAUGUUUGCAGAUGUCGUCCCACUUGCACAUCAUCAAACCUCAAGCUGAAGGUAUUUCCCAGAAUGCAUUUGUAUUUUUUGUUUUGUUUUUCUUGUUAAACACGCUUGCGUCAUUUUGUAAAUGUUUAUAUGUACAUUUGUACAUAGAGAAAACUAUAUGAAACUUGUUUUAAGAUGUGGAAACUCUUGAGUGAAAUAAAAAUGUGAU